CGGCGGGGGAGGUGGCCCGGGCCGCGUCGCGCUCCCGCCACCCCGCGCCCACUCCCCGCUCCCCGAGCGCACGCCCCUGGUGCCAGGACAGACCCUCGCCCACGAGUUCCGCGCAGAGAGAAGGCCCAACUAGCUUGGUACCUCAGUGUCUGUCCCCAUGCCUGGCCUCUAAUAGAUGUUCAACAAAUACUUGUUGAAUGAAUCAAGGAUGAAUACCUGCAUGAAGAAGUGACCUCCAGAGAUGCGCCCCAUGUCUCUCUGUCUCUUUUUUUCCCCUCUCUGAUGUCUAGGAUUGGAACAUCAAUUAACGGCUGAUCACUACCAGCCCACUUCCUCCCGCCCACGUCCAUCACAUCUCUGGGUUCCAGUGAAGAAGCAGGUCUUGGGGUGCACCAUGAUCUCACCAUUCUUAGUACUGGCCAUUGGUACCUGCCUUACCAACUCUUUAGUGCCAGAGAAAGAGAAAGACCCCAGUUACUGGCGGAAACAAGCCCAAGCGACCCUGAAAAAUGCCCUGGCGCUUCAGAAGCUCAAUACCAACGUGGCCAAGAAUGUCAUCAUGUUCCUGGGAGAUGGGAUGGGCGUCUCCACGGUGACAGCCGCCCGAAUCCUCAAGGGUCAGCUCCACCACAACCCUGGCGAGGAGACCAUGCUGGAGAUGGACAAAUUCCCCUUCGUGGCCCUAUCCAAGACGUACAACACCAACGCGCAGGUCCCCGACAGCGCGGGCACCGCCACCGCUUACCUAUGCGGAGUGAAGGCCAAUGAGGGCACCGUGGGGGUGAGCGCAGCCACCGAGCGCACCCGGUGCAACACCACCCAGGGCAACGAGGUCACCUCCAUCCUGAGCUGGGCCAAGGACGCUGGGAAAUCCGUGGGCAUCGUGACAACCACACGGGUGAACCACGCCACCCCCAGUGCCGCCUACGCCCACUCAGCCGACCGGGACUGGUACUCAGACAACGAGAUGCCCCCGGAGGCCCUGAGCCAGGGCUGCAAGGACAUCGCCUUCCAGCUCAUGCACAACAUCAAGGACAUCGAUGUGAUCAUGGGGGGUGGCCGGAAGUACAUGUACCCCAAGAACAGAACCGACGUGGAGUACAAGAUGGACGAGAAGUCCAGGGGCACGAGGCUGGACGGCCUGAACCUCAUCGACAAAUGGAAGAGCUUUAAACCAAGUAACAAGCACUCGCACUUUGUCUGGAACCGCACCGAGCUCCUGGCACUCAACCUUCACACCGUGGACUACCUCUUGGGUCUGUUUGAGCCUGGGGACAUGCAGUACGAGCUGAACAGAAACAACGAGACCGACCCUUCGCUCUCUGAGAUGGUGGAGGUGGCCAUCAAGAUCCUGAAGAAGAACCCCAAAGGCUUCUUCUUGCUGGUGGAAGGAGGCAGGAUUGACCACGGACACCAUGAGGGCAAAGCCAAGCAGGCGCUGCACGAGGCGGUGGAGAUGGACCAGGCAAUCGGACAGGCCGGUGCCAUGACCUCUUUGAACGACACACUGACUGUGGUCACGGCUGACCAUUCCCACGUCUUCACCUUCGGCGGAUACACACCUCGGGGCAACUCUAUCUUUGGUCUGGCCCCCAUGGUGAGCGACACGGACAAGAAGCCUUUCACUGCCAUCCUGUACGGCAACGGGCCUGGCUACAAGGUAGUGGAUGGAGAGCGAGAAAACGUCUCCAUGGUGGACUAUGCUCACAACAACUACCAGGCCCAGUCUGCUGUGCCCCUGCGCCAUGAGACGCAUGGCGGAGAGGACGUGGCCGUCUUUGCCAAGGGCCCCAUGGCGCACCUGCUGCACGGCGUCCACGAGCAGAACUACAUCCCGCACAUGAUGGCCUACGCAGCCUGCAUCGGGGCCAACCUCGACCACUGUGCUCAGGCCGGCUCUGCGGGCAGCCCUGCCCUGGCGCCCCUGCUGCUCCUGCUGGUGCUGAGUCCCUUGCAUGUCCUCUUCUGAGGGCUUGGGCCCAACACCUGGGAGCCCACGACAGAUGGCCGGGCUCUCUCACACCGCUGCCCGCCCUGGGCAGCCCGCACCUCAAGGGCAGGGAGGCCGAGGCCUCCAGAACCUCUGCAGCUGCCAGGAGGGGGACCCAGGAACCAAAGUCUGCUGCCUGCCUCACUCCCCUCUGGAAUCCUCCACAGGCUGGCCUGAUACCUGGCCUCUGGGCCUGGCUCCCUCCCCGCUGCCCUUUGGCCAACAGGAUAGGUUCAUCCUGGGCACUCAGAGCAUAGACUGCAGGAAUCCUGAAAGCAUCUUAUUUUUCUAGCAGAUAUAUUUCUCCACACCCAGAAGCCUCCAUGGAACAUUCCAGACCUGAUGGACCCUCCCAUCCCCUCUCCCUCUGGAACACACUAGGCCCCACGCUCAGUCCCCCAAGCCACGCCCUGCCUGCUGUGGAGACCGCCUCUCCUCGGCCUAGGAGUCUCUUGCCCACUCCAAGGGUCCUGCGGCUCCCAGGAAGCCACCUCCUAGGCCUGGCUGCCCACCAGGGCGGCCGGGCUGGGCAGAGUGACCUGGCGGGUUACGUACGCCACAGUUCCAAACACACAUGCCAGCUCCUCUCUGAGGCGACUCUCCUGUUUGGAACUAAAAAAAAAAAAAAAAAAAUUCUCUUUUUGGUGUUGGUUAAAAGGGAACACAAAACAUUUAAAUAAAACUUUCCAAAUAUUUCUGAGGACA